UCUUCCUCCGGCUCGCCGUUGCCAGGCCAACGCCGCGGGGAUGCCGCCGGCCCCUGCGCCGGGGCGGCCUCCGCAGCGCGGCGGGCACCGCGUCCCAGCCCGCUCCAUGGGGCUCCCGGGGCCCCGGGCAUCCACCCACGGCCGCCGACCGCCCCGGAGCCCCAGCGGAGAGCAGGCCCCCAGCAGCCCCCCGGGAGCAUGGCCCAGCCGGAUAGCGAGCAGGGGCUGCAGGCAAAGCCCCCGGAGCUGGACUGCACCAUCUGCUACAGCCGCUACGAUGCCCGCGCCCGCAGACCCAAACUGCUCCACUGUGGCCAUCGUCUUUGCACCAGGUGCCUGCACAAGAUGGUGGCACUGGGGGACACGUCGCCCCACCAGCUCCGCUGUCCCUUCUGCCGCCAGCACAGCCCGGUGCCCGGUGGGGACGUGCAGCGGCUGCAGGACGAUGGUGAGGCGCUGGCGCUGCUGACGGGCGGUGAGAAGCCCAAGAAGCAAGGUCCCUCCCGGUCCCCUGAGGUCCUGCUCUGCCCCAGUGUGCUGGAGCCCGCACCUGGCCCUGAUUGCGUGGUCGUCACCAUCCUGGAGGUGCCAGAGGACGUGGCCCUGCCAGAGAGCUUGAACGGGCUGGAGGUGGUGCGGCUGUACCGCCCUGACAGCCUGACCGUGCUGCCCUGCCAUGGCUCCGCGCAGAAGUGCCGCUCCUGGGGGUGGCAAGCAGUCCCCCACUUCAUCCUGGGCGUCCUCUGCCUCCUCUACUUCAGCUCCCUGCCCUUUGGCAUCUACCUCCUCCUCAUCGAGCACCACAGCCUGGGCAUUGUCCUGGUCAGCCUCGUGCCCGCCACCCUCCUCCUCUGCAUCGUCUACAGCCUCUGCCAGUGCCUGUGCCGGGAGGUCUUUGGGUUCCCCCACUCCUGACCCUGCACAGCCGAGCCCUGCACCUGCACCGGGGAAGCUUCGGGCACCUUGCAGCGUUGUCCCUUGGUCCAGGUGUUCCCCGUGGGUCACCCACAGCAUGGAGAUCCGCCUGGACCACGGGGAGAUGCUGGGUGCCUGUUGCCUUCCCAGGCAGAACAGCUCCGGCUUUGCCAAGAGGGACCCCACGC